UGGUGUUUGUGAAUUGUAUGCAUUUGAAAUCCAAAUUGAAAUUGAGUGAGAAACAGAUCAGACAUGAUGUGGAGAGAGACAACAUUGUUGGUGGUACUGCUGCUUCUAAUCCACAGAAGUCAUGCUCGUUGUCUUCCUUCUUCCUGCGGCAACAUCACCCACGUCUCUUAUCCAUUUCGAUUACAAGCCGACCCAGAGAAGUGUGGUAACAAAAGGUAUGAGCUUGUUUGUGAGAACAAUGUUACGGUGUUGUAUCUGCACUCUGCAAAAUACCAUGUUCAGGCAAUCAACUACAACAACUACACAGUGAGAGUGGUUGACCCUGCAAUUCAACACCACAAUUGCUCCUCCCUUCCUCUGCGUUCUCUCUCUCGCUCCAAUUUCUCUGAUACUUACGAUGACUACACGGAUCCAUACCAAGCCGGUCUAAGAGCAUAUGGUAAUUGGAAAGCUCUGAGUUUCGAGCAUAUAGUGUUUCUGAACUGUAACCAUUCAUUGAGAGGGAAUGGGAAGUAUGUGGAAACUGAAAAGUGCGUGAAGUGGGAGUCAAAGGGAUAUGCAUAUGCUGUUGGUGGUGAUCUAAAAGCAGAGGACUUUGAAGUUGGCUGUGACGUAAAGCUUGUUGCUCCAACGUCUUUGUGGACUUUCAAUAACCAUUCCUACGCUUCCAUGCACAGGGGUCUGGCCUAUGGAUUUGAGAUUUCAUGGCCUACGUUUCGUAUAGUGGAUGUGCUGACACUGCAAGCAUCAGGAGUUUUCGCACUUGUUAUCGUUUUCGCACUUGUUAUCGUGGUGUGGGCUUGCAAAAUUGUGUUUGGGGUGCUACUGAUUGUUGCACUUGUCAUAUGUAAAUGGAAGAAAAGAUGUGCAUCAAUGUUUGAAAAUAUUGAAAAUUACCUUGAACAAAAUAGUUUGGCACCUAUUAGAUACUCGUACAAGGAAAUCAAGAAAAUGACUGGAAGUUUCAAAGAAAAGUUAGGUGAAGGAGGAUUUGGCUAUGUGUUUAAGGCAAAGUUGUGUAGUGGACCUUUUGUAGCAAUUAAAAUGUUAGGCAGAUCCAAAGGAAAUGGACAAGAUUUUAUCAAUGAAGUUGCAACAAUUGGAAGAAUACAUCAUCAAAAUGUGGUACAAUUAAUUGGGUUUUGUGUUAGUGGCUCAAAGCGCGCUCUUGUGUAUGAAUUCAUGUCAAAUGGAUCUCUUGAUAAACUUAUAGUUUCAAAAGAAGAAAGUGCACAAUUAAGCUAUGAAAAGAUAUACAAUAUAUCAGUUGGAGUGGCUCGUGGGGUUGCUUAUCUUCAUCAUGGGUGUGAGAUGAAAAUUUUACACUUUGAUAUCAAACCCCAUAACAUCUUAUUAGAUGAAAACUUUAUUCCAAAGAUUUCCGACUUUGGAUUGGCAAAGUUAUAUCCAAUAGAAAAUAGCAUUGUCACAAUGACUACAGCAAGAGGAACCAUUGGAUAUAUGGCUCCAGAAUUGUUUUACAAAAAUAUUGGAGGAAUAUCCCAUAAGGCAGAUGUUUAUAGCUUUGGAAUGCUUUUGAUGGAAAUGGCAAGCAAGAGGAAGAACCUAAAUCCACAUGUAGAGCGAUCAAGUCAAUUGUACUUUCCAUUUUGGAUCUAUGAUCAUAUUAGAGAAGAAGAAAAUAUAGAUAUACAAGAUUUGACUGAAGAGGAAAAGAAAAUAGCAAAGAAGAUGAUUAUAGUUGCACUUUGGUGUAUACAAUUGAAACCAAAUGAUCGUCCCUCAAUGAAUUGUGUAGUAAAAAUGCUAGAAGGAAAUAUUGAAGACUUGGAAAUUCCACCAGAACCUACUUUAUAUCCUGAUGAAACGAGUACAUAUGAUCAAACAAUAAAUUCAGCAUCCACGACACAUUCUUUUAUCUAAUUCAUGUAAAGUACAAGUAUGCAACUAAUCCUUUAUUGAAGCAUUCUAUUUGGGAAAUGCACAAUAAAGUUGAUAAGUUUGACAAAUGCUUAGUAUUUAUAAUUAUUAACCUAUAUUAUUUGGCUUUA